AUAGCAGCGUUGAGGUACGGACGCCAUGCUUAUCUCUCUCUCAUCCUCCUUUUCUCUCUGUAGGGCUUUCGUUGUCUCAUAUCGGCUCUUACCUUCAUGUUCUCACUUUCUCGCCUUAGAUUUUCUUUCCAAACAAGCCUCCAACCAAGAAGCGCCUAAAAAAUCCUAGAAGAUUUCACUCUUCGGUUCUACCCGAUUGAAGAAAACCUUUCGGAGGCUGGAGAUCGUUUCAACGGAGUUGGACCCGUUUACUGAGACCGCGAAACCCGGUUUGGGUUCGGUAAUUCGGGUAAAAGAAGAAAAUCAGUGGCGUUUUUGUUGGGGUGGGGCUGCCUCAUGCGAUUUGAUGCCGCCUGAACCGUUGCCUUGGGAUCGGAAGGAUUUUUACAGGGAGAGGAAGCACGAGAGGACGCAGUCGCUGCCUCAGCAGUCACUGACAGAGCGAUGGAGAGACUCCUCUUUGAUGUCGCCUUAUCAGCAUGGGUCUUUUAGAGAAUUUACUCGUUGGGGAUCCGGCGACUUCCGUCAUCCUCCUGGUCGUGGUAGGCAGGGCAGUUGCCACCUGUUUGCUGAGGAAAAUGGUGGUCAUGGUGGAUAUGUCCCAUCUCAAGCAGGCAACAAGAUCAUGGAUGAUGAGAAUUUCCAUCAGUUAGAUUCUCAUGUAGAUGGGAAAUAUGGUCGAAACAAUGUGGAAAACAACAGUGUGUCUUAUAGCCAGAGAGAUUGGAGAGGUCAUUCUUGGGAAAGCUGCAAUGGCUCCCCGAGCACUCCUGUGAGACCUCAUCAUGUCGAUAAUGAGUGGCAGUCAGUGGAUGAUAUGCCAUCCUACCAUUCUCAUACUCAUUCCAACUUUGUAAACUCAUGGGAUCAAAUUCAAAAAGGCCAGCAUGAUAAUAAGCCAAGUUCUGUACAUGGGUUAGGCCCUGGACAAAACUGUCAGAGAGAGAGUUCAGUAGGCUCAAUUGAUUGGAAGCCUCUGAAGUGGAGUCGCUCUGGAAGCUUGUCUUCACGGGGGUCAGGGUUUAGCCAUUCAAGUAGCUCAAAGAGCUUAGGAGGUUUAGAUUCUGGUGAAGGGAAACUUGAGUUGCAACAUAAAAUUUUGAACCCCAUCCAGUCUCCUUCUGCGGAUGCAGCAACAUGCGUCACAUCUGCCGGACCUUCUGAUGUGACAAUGUCAAGAAAGAAGGCACGCCUUGCAUGGGGUGAGGGUCUGGCCAAGUAUGAGAAAAAGAAAGUUGAAGGCCCUGAUACCAGCACAGGCGGAGGUGGUUCUAGAAUUUCUGUCUGUAAUGCAGAGUGGAAAAAUUCUCUGAGUUCUAACUUGGCAGUUAAGAGCCCUGGAGUCCUUAGAUUUUCUGACUGUGCUUCUCCUGCAACUCCUUCAUCUGUUGCUUGCAGUUCCUCACCUGGUUUGGAAGAAAAGUCAUUUGGCAAAUCUGCAAAUAUUGAUAAUGAUAUUAGUAAUUUAUGCGGUUCUCCAAGUAUUAGGUCUCAAAAUCAUCUAGGACCCUCUUUUAAUUUAGAAAAGUCGGAUAUCAAUUCAAUUAUUGAUAUGGGCACUUCUCUUAUUAAUUUGCUUCAACCUGAUGAUCCUUGUACAAUAGAUUCUUAUUUUGUUCGCUCUACUGCAAUAAGAAAGUUGCUACUUUUGAAAGGUGAUGUUUUGAAGGCUUUGGAGAUGACUGAAUCUGAAAUUGAUUCACUUGAAAAUGAAUUUAAGUCUUUGAAAGGUGAUUCCAGACAGGAAUGUCCUUGCCCAGCAACAUCUAGUUCUCUUCUUGUUGAGGAACAUGGGAAAGCUUGUGGGGAACAAGAGGCAGCAUCCGGUAUGAUCUCUCGACCUGCCUCUUUGAAGAUUGAUUGUUGUGAUGCUCUUGUGGAGAACCUGCACCUCUCUAAUGGUUCCCAAGAAGAAGUUAAUGAUGACGUUAAAGUUGGGGAUAUUGAUAGUCCUGGAACCGCAACAUCUAAAUUUGUGGAACCAUUGUCAUUGGAGAAAGCAGUUUCUUCAUCUGAUAUUGUUAAGUUCCACGAAUGUUCUGGUGAUUUGGUUUCUGUUCAAUUGACGACAAUCGAGGAAGUGAUUUUAGGUACUGGUUCAGGUAAUGAAGGGACUGCGACUACCAUUUCUGCAGAAGUCAGUGUGCUAAAAAAGAUUGACAAUGAUGUACUUGUUUCAGAAUAUUCAUGCUCUGAUGCUGGUGGAGAGAAUAAUAUGUACAAAACAAUAUUGGCCACUAAUAAGGAAUUGGCUAAUUUAGCUUCUGAUGUAUUUAAUAAACUAUUGCCAAAAAGAUUCAAUGGUAUUGAGAUUUCUGAAAUUGCUAAUGUAGCAUGCACACAGUCUGAUACUGCAAUCAGGGAAAAAAUUGCAAUUCGGAAGCAGUACUUAAGAUUUAAGGAGAGAGUUCUGACAUUUAAAUUCAAAGCAUAUCAGAAUGCAUGGAAGGAAGACAUGCGUUUGCUUUUGAUGAAAAAAUGCCGUGCAGAGUCUCACGGUGGAAGUUCUUCCAUUCGUUCUCGAGUUGCAUCUCCUGCUGGAAAUCUGGUCCUGGAGCCUUCAGAGAUGAUCAAUUCUGCUAGCAAACUACUACCAGAUUCCCAUGUCAGGAUUCACAGGAAUGCUUUGAAAAUGCCAGCAUUAAUUUUGGAUGAGCAAGAGAAGAAGGUUUCAAGGUUUAUCACUACUAAUGGAUUGGUUGAAGAUCCAUUUGCUAUUGAGAAGGAAAGAGCUUUGAUCAAUCCUUGGACAUCAGAGGAGAAGGAAAUUUUUAUAGAUAAGUUGACUGCCUUUGGGAAGGACUUUAGAAAAAUUACCUCCUUUCUUGAUCACAAGACUACUGCAGACUGUGUGGAGUUCUAUUACAAAAAUCACAAGUCUGAAUGUUUUGAGAAAACAAAGAACAAGAAUGAUCUCGGUAAGCAGGGGAAGUCUGCUGUGAAUACCUACAUGUUGACAUCGGGGAAAAAACGUAGCCGUGAAAAUGCUGCAUCCCUUGAUGUUCUCGGUGCAGCUUCAGUUUUAGCAGUUCAUGCAGAAAGUAGCAUUCAAAACCGGGAUAAAUAUUCUGGUAGGAUCACUUUAGGAGGGCGGUUUGUUUCUAAAACAUCUCAAGUUGAUGAUAGCAUUGCUAUAAGGUCAUCUAAUUUUGAUAUUGUUAGAAGUGAUGAAGAUACAGUUGCUGCUGAUGUUUUAGCUGGUAUAUGUGGUCCUUUCUCUUCAGAGGCAAUGAGUUCCUGUAUAACUAGUUCUGCCGGUCCCGGAGAGAGUUACCAUCCUGACAGGAAGUGCCACAAAGUUGGUUCUAUGGUUAAAAGGCCUUCACCAUCUGAUGUCUUGCAGAAUGUUGAGGAUACCUGUUCAGAUGAGAGUUGUGGGGAAAUGGAUUCUGAUCAUUGGACUGAUGAGGAAAAAACCAUCUUUAUACAGGCUGUCUCCUCUUAUGGUAAGGAUUUUGAAAUGAUUUCACGUCGUGUUGGUACAAGAUCCAAGAAUCAGUGCAAGGUUUUCUUUAGCAAGGCUCGUAAAUGCCUUGGACUUGACUCGAUGCAUCAGAGAACCAGAAACACGGGUACUCCCAUGAGUGAUGAUGCCAACGGUGGUGGAACUGAUACGGAAGAGGCUUGUGUCCUAGAGAGUGCAGUUAUUUGUGGUGAUAAGUUGGGAUCUUAUGUGGAAGACAACUUACCUCCAACUAUUGUGAGCAUGAAUGUGGAUGAAUUGGAUCCUACCAUGGAAGCGAGUUUGCCAACUGAUCUGAUCAUAUCAGAGGGAAAUGAUGGGAGGAUAGUAAAUUGCAAAAAUUCUGAGGCAGUGGAAUAUAUUUUUUCUGAUGUAGACCAGACAGGGCCAGUUUCCGAAGAUGGUACUGAUGAUAUUGAUGACCAUGAUACAAAAUGCAGUACAGAGACUGGCAGUCAAAUUAUAUGUAGGCUGGAUUCAAAUGAAACUGGUGGUGAGUCCAUUGAUAAAAAUUUCAACACUGAAGGUCUGCAUAAAGUCCGGCUGGAUUUAGGUUCUGCUGGGAAGCCUUUUAUCUUAUUAUUACCAGAUGAAAGCUCUUUUGCUAAAAUUUCUGAUUUACAUGAUUCUGAUACCUCUCAAUGUGAGAACAUACACAACCAAAAUAGGUUGUCACCAACACUUGCUUCUCCCGAGACGGAAGACAAACAGGUUCAUAAAGUUGUUAGUGGACACGAACCUGAGCAAUUUUCUGGAAAGCCUUUGGUGGAUCUUGCUGAUUUGCAAAUCCCAACUGUGAAAGAAAUAAAUGUUGAUGUGGGUUGUAGUCAGUUGCCUGAAGUUAAAAGGCAUUCAACAUCAGAAAGGGGUGUUACCGGCUCAUUUUUGGCCCAAGAUUAUCUUUACAAGUGCAGUGGUUUAAAGCCAGCAGCUGAGCUUCCACAGCUGGUGCAGAAAUUAGAGAUAGCAAACAGUAGGCAGAAAUCCCACUUUCGGAGUCUGUCAGAUGCAGAAGAACCUUGCAGUGAUGGUAAUGUCAAGCUGUUCGGUCAGAUACUCAAAUCCAGUUCCCAUGAUGACAAAACGGUGGCUCAUUUCUCGAAACCAAGUGCAGAAUAUUCAGAUUCGAACUUGUCAGGUCGUAAUGGAAAUGGAAAUUUCUCAAAUGUUGGUGAAAACAUUAUUUUUGCACCUGAAAAUGUUCCCAAUGGAAGUUAUGGUUUCUGGGAUAGCAACAGGAUACAAACUGGGUUGUCAUCUUUGCCAGACUCUGCUAUUUUAGUGGCAAAGUAUCCUGCUGCAUUUGUCAAUUAUCCUUCACCCUCAUCUCAAAGGGAGCAUCAGGCAUCGCAGACUGUUGUUUGGAAUACCGACAGAAACUUGAACGGCGUUUCAGUUAUCCCAGGGGAAAUAAGCAGCACCAGCACCAUGGUGGAUUAUCAAGCGCGCAGGGGCCAUGAUCAUACCAAGGUCGUACCAUUUGCUGCAGAUGUAAAGCAUCAUCACCAAGGAAUGUACUCGGAGAUGCAAAUACAAAAUGGCUAUGAUGCAAUCUCACAUUUAUCGCAGCAGGGAAGGGGAAUGGUUGGAAUGAGUGUCAUGGGGGGCUCCUGCUCUAAUCUCUCUGAUCCCGUAGCUGUACUUCGGAUGCAGUUUGCGAAAACAGAAGCAUAUGGUGGGCAGAGUGGGAGCAGAAUGAGGGAGGAAGAGUCGUGGAGAGGUAAGGGGGACAUGGACAUACGCAGGUAGUAGAUACCAAAUAAUUCUUUGCUGCACGCUGUAUAAUAUUUUUUUUUUCUUUGCAUCUGUUUUUUGAUGAAAAUCGUGACGGGGACCUUUUUGGUAGAAGGAAAAUAUAUAUUAGGUGCCUUUAGAAGUAUUUGUAGCAGCUGUUUUUGUACUUGUUGUAUUUGAUGGGAAAUACACAAAAAUAAUAUGUGAAAGAUUAGGAGGGGUAAUCCUGCUAUUUUUCUGUU